AGCGAUUUAGUGACGACAACGGUUCCGGCAAUAUCCACGACGAUAUGCAGCAACCGCUGUGCACUUUGACCGUCGGUGUUCUGUAGCGAGUGUCCAGUUCACCUCUCUGCAAGACCAACUUUGAUAUUCAGAUCAUGACCGAAGAGGCUUUUGAUGUGAUGGUGGUUGGCUCCUGUAUGACCGACUUAGUCAGUCAAGCUCCAAGGCUACCCAAAGCAGGGGAAACCAUCCAUGGUCACAAGUUCUUCAUCGGCUUUGGUGGAAAGGGGGCCAACCAAUGUAUACAGGCUGCUAGACUGGGAGCAAAAACAGCCAUGGUCUGCAAGGUUGGAAAAGACUUCUUUGGAGACAAUUACAUCCGGAAUUUCAAGGACAAUGGUGUACACACAGACUUUGUCGGGCAAACCUCUGAUGCAGCCACAGGAGCUGCCUCCAUCAUUGUAAACAAUGCAGGUGAGAAUGCUAUCGUGAUUGUGGCCGGUGCCAACAUGCUGCUGGGCAGCGGGGAGCUGCAGAGCGCUCUCCCAGCCGUCAGUCAUGCAAAAGUGCUCGUGUGCCAGCUAGAGAUCAGUCCACAGACAUCAUUGAGGGCCCUACGCAUGGCUCAGGAAAACAAAGUAAAGACAAUAUUCAACCCGGCGCCGGCCAUCCCGGACCUGGAUCCAGAUUUCUACAGAGUCUCCGAUGUGUUUUGCUGCAAUGAGUCUGAGGCGGAGCUGCUGACCGGUUCCUCUGUAGCCAAUGUGGAGGAGGCAUGUCGGGCCGGGCAGGAGCUGCUGAAGCGAGGCUGUGGGUCCGUCAUAAUCACGUUGGGACCUCAAGGCUGCGUGGUGCUCAAGGCACGGGAGUCUUCCCCAAAACAUGUUCCAACGGCUGCGGUCACGGCAGUGGACACCACAGGUGCUGGAGACAGCUUCAUUGGUGCACUGGCGUUUUACAUGGCUCGUGAUCCUACAAUGCCUCUGGAGGAGAUGGCCCGCAGAGCCAAUGAGGUGGCAGGAGUGAGCGUGCAGGCUGUCGGCACGCAGGUGUCUUACCCCUUCAAACGGGACCUGCCAGCGGAACUGUUCUGAGAACAGCGCACAAGCGAGAACACUCCACCUGGGACGGAUCUGGACAGGGCCGUGUUGACAUUGAACACUUUUACAUUAUUAUACAAUGAGCUGCCUCUGAAUAAGAAUAGUUUCAUGACACUACUGAGGAUUGUUAGUGAUGUAACAUAUGUUGUUUUAAACUAACGCUGAACAUGACUUCAAUGAGACUCAACAUCCCUCACCUAUGAGUAGUGCCUAAGUGAUAUGUGACAUAAGCGACAUUGCUACUAACAAGUGUAAGUAAUUUUUUUCAACAACUUUUUUUUAUCUGAAUCAUUUUUAAACGGUUUAAUAAUUGACAAGCAUCUUAACACGAAAGUGGUCGACUGUACAUAAUUGACACAAACGAUAUUUCUUGAAUUCAAAUAAAUUUACUAAACAAGCA